UCCAGCUGUGUCGCACUCAGAGCGGUCCGGGUAGAUAAGUGGGUGAAAGGUCCUGCAGUCAGGAGUGACAGCAGCUCAAACACACCUCACACUCACCGUCGAGCAGCUGAGCGAAAAGUAAAAAUGUCCAAACAGCCGCAGCCGAUCAGCCCGCUGAAGAACUUCUUCGCGGGAGGGUUUGGGGGUGUCUGCCUCGUCUUCGCAGGACAUCCACUCGACACCAUCAAGGUGCGUUUACAGACUCAGCCCAAACCCAAACCUGGAGAGAUCCCUCUCUAUGCUGGAACCAUCGAUUGUUGUAAAAAGACUCUAGCCAAAGAGGGAGUGAAAGGUCUCUAUAAAGGCAUGGCGGCUCCCAUCAUCGGAGUUACGCCCAUGUUUGCCGUCUGUUUCUUUGGAUUCGGACUGGGCAAGAAGCUGCAACAGAAAACCCCUGAUGAUAUCCUUACGUAUCCACAGCUGUUUGCUGCAGGAAUGUUGUCUGGUGUGUUCACCACGGCCAUCAUGGCUCCUGGAGAGAGAAUCAAAUGCCUGCUGCAGAUCCAGGCAGCAUCAGGAGAGGUGAAGUAUGCAGGGCCUAUGGACUGUGUCAAACAGCUGUACAGAGAGACUGGCAUCAGAGGAAUCUACAAAGGCACCGCUCUGACCCUCAUGAGAGAUGUUCCAGCGAGCGGGAUGUACUUCACGUCCUACGAGUGUUUGAAGAAUCUCCUCACACCAGCAGGGAAAACCCAUAACGAGCUCAGCGUUCCCAGCGUGCUGUUUGCCGGGGGGAUGGCAGGGAUCGCCAACUGGGCCGUUGCAAUUCCAGCUGACGUACUCAAGUCUCGUUUCCAAACAGCUCCUGAAGGAAAAUAUCCAAACGGUUUCCGGGACGUUCUGCGGGAGCUGAUCAGAGAGGAGGGCAUUGGCUCUCUGUAUAAAGGCUUCAACGCUGUCAUGCUUAGAGCUUUCCCUGCUAACGCUGCUUGUUUCUUAGGAUUUGAGUUCGCAAUGAAGUUCUUGAACUGGGCAGCACCGAACCUGUGAUGAAGACUCAGCUCGGCUGUAUGUGAAUCCCAGGAACAGAACUGUUUUAACACAGUGCAGUUAUAAGCAGGACACACACACACAGACACACAACAUGCGAACACACACGCUGAGUCACAAAGAUUUUUUAACUGUUUUCCAAUAAUGUGCUUGAUUAUCGUUAAGACCUCGUGGUGCUGUAGAGCAUGUGGAUCACUCAGACCUGUGCAGGGUUCAGAGCAGAAUUGUUCUAAUAACUUGGUACCAGAACAAACACACACACACACACACACACACACAGUCGAAUGUUCUCACUCCUUAUUUACUUGUUUUCUUUAAGUUGUGUUAUUUUUUUAUAUAUCAGAAAAGGAGUGAACAUGUUGUGCCUUACCUUUUGUUAUCUGCGAGCAGGUGUACAUAUCAGGGAAAAGGUGCUUUGUGUUCUUCUGUGUGUGUGUUCAGUCUCUCAGCAAUACACACCUUUCUGCUUCCUGUGAGGUCACCCUCCACUCAGUGACCACAACGCUCGCUACACUCUGUUUGCGUUAAUGUGAAAAUUAUGAGAUUGAUUGAACGGUAUGUGAAUGUCAACAUGUAAAGAAAUGUAAAAAACAAACAGAAUCCAUAUGUAUCAAUUAGACUGUCAUGCUAUUUUUUUCUAAAUUCUCUUUAUUUGGAAUCAUUGUCACAAAAUGUAGAAACCUGACUGUCCAUGCUUUUUAACACCUGCAUCAAAGGAUCAUAAUAAAAUGAGUGAUGAUAAUUACUAUAAAAGACAAAAAGUUAGAGAUUUAAGUUAGAGAUUUAAAAAAAAUCAAAGAUAAGAUCUAAUGUGUCAUAUACACAGAAUGUAGUAAGUAGAACUGGUUAUUCUACUGCCAUAAAGCUGUAAUAAAGUCAGUUUCAACCAUCA